AUGUCUUUGUCACGCGGAAACGCCCGUCAGUCCGUUCCUGUGACUCAACCUUCUACUCAGGAUAUUGGCUUUCAGCAGCAGGGUAGUGUAGAUUGGACCGCGGUGGCAAGUGGUACUGUCAGCUUCUCUGUGAAGGUUUUGUCACAACUGUCAAAAGCUGGCGUUGAAGCGCUGACCAUUUGUGCCGCCCGAGCGAUGUUUCGCGAUGUCAGGUUGGGCAACAACGGUGAACUUCGCCUUCAACGAGCAUUGAAAAAUCUCAGUGCUUUCCCGUCUAUUGACAAAGUCCUAUGGCUUGGAUUUGGUGUCAGACAUAUCAUUUGGCAUAUGCAGGAAUCGGCGGAAGGUCUGGCAUGUCUCGCUAUAUGCUCCAGUCUCACCGAAAGCUAUACCACUGCUGCUGCAGCGAAAGUUAUGAAGGAGUUGUUCCUCGUAUACAACCCACCUUCUGAGCUAACCCCCGCGCUGAGCCAAUGGCAAGCUCUUGUCGAGGCCUGUGAGGGAAUCCUUGCUCCGACCGAGUUUGGCCUGGUCCUUCAUGGGCUAAUUAAACUCUUUCCAAGAGACGGUCUGUCCGAUAUGCGCGCCUGCGCCCCACCACGGGAUGUUGCUACUGUCCUGAGGAAGUUGUUUCAAGUGUCUGCAGGGCACAUUGACCGUCUUUACCUGUCAGGUGGAGCCGAUUGUGCCUGGAAUGCCGCGGUUGCACACUGGCUUCUUGACCUGAGGGUCGAGAUUCUGGAUCAAGAUGGAACCACAAUAUAUCGGCCAGAUGGCACACGAAGUCAGCUAUUUCCAGAUGCUCAAGUCAUCGUAGCCUACACACAGGGUGCUGAUGAGCCACAUGUACCGUUGCAAGUCCUGCAGAAGCGUUAUGUUAUUCCUAGUGGCCAUAAAUUACUUGUCGGGCAUCCCAGCGAGGAAGACUACACGCUAUCAUAUGGCAGAGUAUCGUGGGAUACGUGUCUAGUUGACACUUUUGGUAGUCAGAUGGAACUUCUCCUGGGAUCUCAAGCCCGCACUGCGGGUGCCUGCCUUGGCUCCGCUGCCCGUAUACUCUCGGCCGUCAUGAGCGAACCUAUGUCUACCCCAGAACCUAAUCUUCGGUCUUUCAAACCUCCGGUAUCGUCUUCGGCGUACGGAAGAGGAUUCUAUCUACUGGCGCGGCGCCAAUUUGCAGAACUGGAUCAAACUACGCCCCUCGUCCAAAAGAUGGAGACAGCCUUACAUCAAUCGUACCUGGAAGCGGCCCAACAACUAUCCCAGUCGUUCACCAAGCUUGGUCGUUUAUGCUUAUGCAGGGAUUGUGAUUCAAAUGCAGGUAUUAGUGUUACAGAAGACCAUCCGGUUUGCCUCAUAAUACUUGUCCAAACUAUCUGUAUCUUGGUUCGGAUCAUGUCGGUGUGUUACAUGCAACAAGACCUUGACGUUCACCCCACUCGCUGUGGUAUAGAGAAUAUAUAUCGGAUCCUACGAUCACAGCGAUUUGCAUACGCGGAAGACUUGGAAUGUGAUCCAUCUGAAACUGCUCUUCUGUGGUCCUGGACGCAACACGAUAGUCUGACCUGGAUGCAAAUCCUCUUUACGGGACGUGAAGAUAAGAGCCUUUACACGAUACCUAGGGGCAAUUCCGUAGUAGCAACUUGCAACGGAUUAUGCUUCUGUCUAAACACCCUGACUGAGAUUACAUCGGAUCCUCAACGAGCAUGUAUGAUUUUGGUCAUACCUGGUAAGAUUGAAUGGCAUGAUUUUAUAUACCAUCGUAUACGGGAUCUAGAACCUGGUCAUCGUGAUCCUCAGAUAGCUUGUGGUGGCCCUUACAACGCGGUUUCAUCCACAAUCAUUAACCAGUACGACGAUCUGGCCGACAGCUCGUCCGCAGAUCUAAAUGCCGAGCUAAUAGUCGAAGAAACCACGGCAGAAAGAAGACUUCUUCAAACUACCUAUCGCAUCACAACUCCAGAAUCCCCAGGUAAAUCCUUCCUGGUCGGCCCUAGAAUGAUAUGGGGUGAACUCAAUGAGGCGUUUACGGCUGCCAGCUGUCAGGGGGGGAUAUGUCGAUCUCUAAACGGUUUUCAGUCUAUCCUUGUGAAAGGAGAGGGGCUUCCCUAUCCAGUCCUCGAGUUGCGAGAAACACAACUUCCAAUCACGUGCGUAUUGUCUUCACAAGACCUUGCAAUUUGGGUUGCCCUUUCACAGACACAUCUUCUAAGCUCUGAUUAUCGCUCGAUGAAGCUAUCCCACAUACUCCAAGGCGAACAAUGUAUCAGGUGCUGUGUAUUGAAGUCCAAGGAGUGUCAACGAGCGCCCAAUACUUAUGGUGUAGCUUUAAUUACAUCGAUAUAG